ACACAUUAACAUUUUAUGUACUUUUUUAUUUGUACAUUCAAACAUAAAUCAUAAAUUCAAAGUUAUUAACAUUUUGUCAUUUUCAGGUUUUUCCUGGGCAUGAAAUACCAUUUCCUUGGUGGGUAUGCCAAUAGCAGAGAAGGGGACUUACUAAUCCUACUCCAUGGAAUGUAACUAUGUUUUAUGACUAUCUAGAUGAACUCGAAAAGAUUGGUCGCCUGAAAAAUAUGGGAGGACAAAGUGAAGACAAAAGUAAAUUGACAGCAGAGAAUAUGCUCAAGACAGAUCUCGACCAAACUGUGCAAUGGACCUCAUCCAUCGAAUGCACUGUUCCAUCACAGACAGCAGUUGUAACGAUUUAUAAUGUGGAUAUUGUCAAUGUAGUAUGCAAUUGUGCAACAACAGGAAGAAUGUGUAAGCAUGUUCAUUUAGCUGAAUUGAUUGCUUCUAAAAGGAACAUCGACCUCACUGUCGAGUGCAGAUCAGAAGCAAUGAAUGCACUUAAUGCAGAACAAUAUUUUUAUGACAGAGAUAACAACCAGGUAGAGGUUUAGUCCAGAUUGGGAAAUGUAUCAGUUGUUAAUUUGACCUCAUUCAAAUGUACAUGUUUUGCCAAUAGCCAUGGUAUACAUUGUGUUUGUGUGAUGGUACCAAAAAUGGUAGUUCCAUCACCUGAUAUAGAGUCUACCUCAAUUGAUGAAACAAGACAACAAUUAAAGGAAGACAAAGAAACAACCGACCAGGCUAUUAAAAGAAAAAAUGAGGAAAUCAAUAUAUAUGUAAACAAUAAAAAUUUCCAGACAACUGACGUGAAUAAAAAGAAAACUAUUUUACAAGCACUCACAGCGGCAUUACAUAUUUGUAAGACAACCAACUUUUCCAAAACAACAAGAAAGAGAAAGCAACAACCGCUGUUUCCAAGCAGACAAUCCAAAAGUUCAAGAACUGAUCAAGAUUAUUCAGUAAGCCGAAAGUGAAUUCCGAAAAAACGAGGGCGUAAAGAUAAUGGUGAUGACAGUUUCAAAUCUACCCAAAGAAAGAAAGGAUCCAUUCGUAAACCAUUUCAAUGAAAAAAAUUAUGAAAUAUUAUACUAAUUUUGAGAAACUGUUUUUUCUUGAUAUUCAUUUAAAAAUUUUAUAUGUUUCAUUGGUGCCUAAAGGCUUCAAAAGUAGGACAUAUACAGUUUGCUCUUGAAAUGUUUUGCAAAGAUACUGAUGUUACCAAAUGUAUAUAAUUUAAUAUAACAAAUACCUAGAUUUUUCUAAUAAAGACUUUGUCAAGCAGAAACAUUGGCUAAAUAUUGCAUUGGACUAGGUCUCUUUGCUGU